AUGGCACUGCCUUAUCAAGAUGAUAUAGUUAAUAUUCCGAAAUCGUCAUUUACAGCAUUUAGGUUGACCUAUCAAAAUCCAAAACUUUUAUCGGAUACAUCGAAAUGUAUACUAUUGGGAAGUAUUCCUAAUUUAUGGCUACUGGACAAUAAGCUAGGGUUUUUCACGGGAGCAACGAAUCAUGCCAAAAGCAAGGUUAAGAAAAGAUUCAAGAGUGCAGUCGGAACGGUGAAUAAGAGUAUACGAAGCAGUUCAGGAUACAAGAUGAAUAAUAACUGCGGAGAGGGGCCGGAAGGUGGAUUUAAUUUGUUUUUCAGGGGUGCUAAGAGAAAUGAUAUCAAUAAGAUAGUUAAUGAAAUUGCGCUUGAACAGGAUCGAGAGACAGAGGAAAUAAGCAACGCGAACUACGAGUCUAAUGACGAUGCCGGUGUACUCAGCGGGGAUUUCGAUACUACUGCUGCGUCAUCUGAAUCGUCUUUGGGCUAUUAUGACCCUGUAACUGAGGUUUCUUCUCCUGUAAAAUCGUUCUUUUAUCCGGCAAAGUUUGAUAUGAAAUCACAAGACGGAAAUGGCGAUUUUAGUGGAUUCAAUACCGAAAAUCUAGAAAUGGACGAUAUCGUAGAUUUACAGACGUCUGAAUAUUCUGACGCUAGACGAGAAUCAGUAGUCCUGACCGGAGAAUCAACAAUCGUAUUUAAUGCUCCUGCUGCAGAAGAAGGUUCUAGAUUAGGCGUUACGUUCGAUCCCAGUGUCACAACAAAGACCUCUUCUCGCAAGAAAAAGGUAGAAAUUGCAAUUCCAGCACCAUAUGAAAUGACUACUGAAGAUUUACUCAAAGCAGAAAAGGAGAAUCAUAGAUUUCGGAAAAAAUUCAAGCAUUUUGCAAAGGGAUCUCGAAAAGUGGCAAAGUCAAAAGGCAAUGACUUACGGCUGAGAAUAUAUAGCAAUAUCUGGAAAAGCUAUGAAGUCGGAGAAAUUAUGCGAAUGGACAAGAUGUUGGUGUUAAUCAAAUAUGCGUAUAAUGUUAGUAAUGCGACCGGGUUUGGAGAGAAUGAGCCUUGUGAUUCUAGAGUUUACGAACGAUGGAAGGAGUAUAUUGUUGUAUUGAGGAAAGCAGAGAAUAUAGAGGCGCCCUUGGCUGUACAAUUGUAUGAUAUCCGUGCAACAACUAACGAUACUAAAACGAAGCCAGCGUUUAGCUUCAAGAUAACUUAUGCCGUUAGAAGUCGUUUUUAUAGUGGCGUUGACAAAAGUAUAAGUUUAUGUGUUCCAAAAGAGAAUGGCGCAAUGAUAUAUAUAAUGAAACCCAGCAAUCAGUUUACCUCUUUUAGAUGGUUACACUUCAUUUCUCAAUUUAUUCGUCAUCAGUUUGAUAGAACAUUUCGUGUUGCAAUCCCAGGCUUGAAAUUAUCCUUGAUACUUAGAGUUCCAGAAUCAGAAUUAAUUAAACUGCUUCAGAGUGAUAAUGUAUUAGAGGUUCGGAGGUUGGAGAAGGGAUAUAAAAUUGAAUAUAGUAACAUGAUACAGUAUUUAAAGGAUGCGGUUCUCACAGAGCUAGAGAGAAAGAAAGAUUUUCCGGAAGUAGCAGACUGGUUAAUGAAAAACCCUGAUCCUUGGUUUUGUUUUAAACAGUAUGACAGGUUGGAAUGGGUCGUUAAUAAUAGUGCUAUUUUUUUCAUUCAAAAUCAACUAUUAUCAAGGUCAUUUCAAUUGGAAUUUAGAAAUAAAGCACAUCAUGAGAGAUAUACAAGAAUGGAACAAGGGGAUUACAUGACAGAGCCCACUCCAAUAGAAGGAUUUUUAUCUAGACUAACGAAUACCUACGGUUCUGAAAGAUCGAUGCUAAAGUCAUUUCAUAAAAUUUCAUAUUUCUACAGUGCAGACGAUAUCCUUUUUUUCACAAAGUUUUUCAGAGGCACACCGCCUUCUCCAAAUAAUGCAUUAUUGAAAGACGAUACUGACGGAAUUUUGGAUAAAUUACCUCCAGUGUAUGAACAUAACCCGUUUCCAAUAAACAGCAAUGAACACAUUUCUUGGUUAAAUAAAGAUAAUUUUGAACUUCAUGAUCAGAAUGCUAUACAAGAGUUAGAAAGAAGGGCACAACAAAUCAUCAAAGCAGAAGCUUUAAUUGAUAUUUGCUUGAUUGUAGAGGUUAGAGCUAUUCCUUAUCAAAAUAGCAGAAAAGCCCAAAAUCUACUAUUAUGCCUUCUUUGGUACUCAGCGCCUGAAUUAGUUCAUGAUGUCUCAAUAGUAGAUUCUUUAUUUGAAAUUGAAAUGCAGAACGGCAGUAUUGUAAAACUUCAAGCACCAUCACGAAUCAUUAGAGAUGAAUGGAUAACUAGAUUGACAGAACUAAGAGACUAUUGGGUAAGUAGAAGGAGUAAUGAUUUAAAUGGUUUAAUUUGUACUCGACUUCAAAACGAAAAGGACUUGAAAAUUAAUGAAUACGUUGAUUCAAACAUUACCCAAGAGAAUGACGUAAUGGGACCGCACAUGGCCCAUGCUGAUUCCAAUAUGUUUAAUAUUAAUUGUAUUGCUAUGUCAAGUUGUGUACUUAUGAGUGGCUAUUUAUAUCAGAAGCUGAAAAAGCAUUCAAAUUUCAGCCAAUAUUUUACUGUGCUAUGCCCAGGGUUUUUGGUAUUGUUUACCUUAUACAAGAGGUCCAAAAGAACUGGUACAUGGAAGCAGAGUCCUUAUUUUCAACACUACUUGACAAUUCCUAUAUCUGAUUGUUAUGUUUAUUCAGGUCAAACUACAACAUUGGAUUUACUAAGUGAUGAACAAGACUUUCAUGCCGGGAACCCGGGUCAACAUUCUUUGCCGAGGAUAUACUCAGAUGGAUGGAAGUCUUCAGAAGAGGAGCCUGUAAGAUGUUUUACGUUAUGGUUUGGGAAGAAAAGAGGAAUAAUAGGGAAAGAUAGAGCUGCUGAAAAAUAUAGUAAUUCAAAGGAAAAUGAAGCAAACACGUCAUCGCAAAAGAAUCCUGGAUUAAUCAGGAUGAUAAAGAGAUUAGGGGUUACCGGUAAAAGUAUCGUAUUUAUGGCCAGGUCGAGACAGGAAAGGGAAAUAUGGGUUCAAAGGAUUGCAACCGAAAUCGAUCGUUUUGCAAAAAAUGAAUAG